AUUGACCGGCGGUCGCAGCUGCAGCAGGACGGCCCGCAGGCGGCUCGGGGCCGCGCGCCGGGAACCUCGCGGGGCUGGCGGGCGUGGCACCCCCUGCCUGGCCGCCUGCGCCCCGGGGAGGCGGCCCGCGCGUGACGGGACCAGCAGCAUGAGCAGCGGCUACAGCAGCCUGGAGGAGGACUCUGAGGACUUCUUCUUCACCGCCAGGACCUCCUUCUUUAGGAGAGCGCCCCAGGGCAAGCCCCGUGCCGGCCAGCAAGAUGUGGAGAAAGAGAAGGAAACCCACAAUUACCUCAGCAAAGAGGAAAUCAAAGAGAAAGUUCAUAAAUAUAAUUUAGCAGUCACAGACAAGUUGAAGAUGACCUUGAAUUCCAAUGGGAUUUACACUGGCUUCAUUAAAGUACAGAUGGAACUCUGCAGGUCUCCACAGACGUCCCUGAACUCCGGGAAACUUGCUCCCAGUAGCAGUGGCUGUAUGAACACUCUUCACAUCAGUAGCACCAACACUGUCGGGGAGGUGAUCGAGGCCCUGCUCAAAAAGUUCCUCGUGACCGAGAGCCCUGCCAAGUUUGCACUUUACAAGCGUUGUUACAGGGAAGAUCAAGUCUACGCCUGCAAGCUCUCUGACCGGGAACAUCCACUCUACCUGCGUUUGGUAGCAGGGCCUAGAACAGACACGCUGAGUUUUGUUCUCCGGGAACAUGAAAUUGGAGAGUGGGAAGCCUUCAGCCUUCCAGAACUCCAGAAUUUCUUGCGUAUCUUGGACAAAGAAGAAGAUGAGCAGCUGCAGAACCUGAAGGAGCGUUACGCGGCCUACAAGAAGAAGCUGGAAGAAGCCCUCAGCGAGGUGUGGAAACCGGAUUAAAGCGGGGCUCCCUGUCACUGAGGGACGGUGCAGGACCUGUGUACAGACCAGCAGCAAGGGUCACUUCCCGGAGGGCUGUUCUCUGGCCCUGUGAUGCGAGGGUCUUCCCCUUUUUGUCUCUAGAUUUAGUUCCCCAAACGUGGUCACGCAGCAUCCUGUACCUUUGACACCCUCUGUAAGGGGUGGUGCAAGCUUGUUCUGUUACAGCACCGCGGUGUUACCUCCCAGCAAGCUGUGAAUCUGUCGUCGCAUCGCGAGCAUUGGAGAGGGCUUUGAAGCAUGGACUCUGGGUUUUUACAAAUUUCCUUUGGUUAUUUUAAUUAUGUGAUGAUGUUAAGCUUUAGGGAUGUGCAAAUUACUUUUUGUUUUUUACAGUUUAACAAGGAAUCUAUCUGAAUAUUUGUCCUAUGUUGAAACUACCUGUUUUUUAUGUCUUUUUUUUUAUAUAUAUAUCAGAGGAAACAUCCAUGUAAAUUGAAAGGCACAGGAAGCUAGGAACUCUGAGGAAUUUGUGAAGGAUUUUGGAGGAGCUUGACAAAGAAAGUACAGAGCAAGUUUGGAAGAAGGCUUGAGUGGGGGUAGGAGCUGAGGGAGGGUGGUUUGGGCCAAGAGUUGAUAACUGAAAGAGAAAGGUGUAUUAGCUUGUAAAGGAGUUAAAAGCAUUCAGUUUUGAGAUGUUAAAACCAUUGUAGGAUUGUUUAUUUUCUUGGUGAGUCAAGUAUGGGAACAGAGCCAAAGAAAGUAGGAGCUAGACCAAAAAGGGGGACUUGUAACUGCAGCUGACCUGAAAUCAGCACUCAGGCAGGUGGGUCUUCCAGACCUCGGCAGAGAGCUGGAGCUGCCUUGCGUGGAUCAGCCCCCGGAUCUCUUCUUCCCACAGUGGAAGGUCAAUUAGUGCAGCUUCUCUGGUGGAGCAGUGACCAUUUGCUAACUCCUGUUAAAUUACAGCUUUACCCCAGGUUGUUUUCAAAGCUGAAAAGGAGCUUGUGUCGGGGAGCUGUUUCCCCGAUUGUUAGCUGGGAGAUUGGUCAAGUAAAGCGCACACAGUACACCUUUGUGACAAUCACUCCCUCCUUUUCCCUCCUUUUUCCUUCCAUUUCCCUCCCUUCUUCCUGCUUCCCUCUCCCUUCACUUUUAAAUUGAAGUCUGUUCUUACAUAAUGGAGAACAGGAGUAUCGAUUAAAGACCUAAUACUGUCAGGUCCUCAGUUCCAAAGAGGACGCGACUGAGAGGCAAAGGGCAGCAAGAAAGGGAGGGAAGCCUGCCCCCGAGCUGACCGCCUUCAAGGGGCUCUUUAUGGAAAUAGUUUAACAAAAGUGCAUCUUCUACCAACCAAAGAAAUGCAGGUGCAAUAGAAAGCCUUAAAGCAGGUGGAAGAACCUCAUUUUAUGCAGCAAUUAAUCUGGAAACAGUGGGAAAGGUGUGCUGUGGUUCUAGAGGGGGAUUUACAGUCUAUUUUUAGUCUAGGUAUGGUUUCUUUUUGGUUUUGUUUAAAUUCCCAAAGAAUUGUUAACACUUUGGUGACACCUAAUGGAUUCUUUGUGAAAUUCUAAGGUGCUUCAGUUCUUUGCCUUUUAAGUGAACUGUGCCUUUUAUUGCAUUUAUUUCUCUUGAUGGCUCUUCUGACUUGUCAGAGAACACCCAUCUUGCUGGAGGCAGACGUAGUGUUGGUUGUGCUGUGCCACACACGUGACUGAGACAAUCCUAUCUUCCUGAGCUUUUUAAGGAAAGUUGGAAAAAAAAAAAAGUAAAACUAGCUAUAAAAUAUGUAUGGCACAUCUUGUUUAAUUUUGCAUGUAACUUCUUUUUAGUGCAUUGAUGAGGUUUUAGUGUCAUUGUCAUUCAACACUUUACCUUUAUUGUUCAGGGAAUGCCUUCAUGGUUUUUAUACUGGUUUUACUAUUCAUACUAUGGCUUGGGUUUGAGUAGACUGUUUAUCAACCACCUGGUGUUUUCAUUACCCAUCCCAGUGAGCUUACAUUUUGUGAAGCGUUUGUUUCUCAGAUUAAGACACUGUUAGAACCUAAAGUAGUAGCUGAUGGGUAUCUGUGAAUUUUUUUUUUUUUUUUUUACUUGAAAUAGAUUGUCUGAAAUAGGCAUGCUCACCUGUGUUAUUCAGAACCUUGCUCAGUGUC